CGGCCCUCCCACUCCCUCCCCCUCCUCCUCCUCCUGGUCCGGCCACGGCGAGGCUCCGCUGCGGCUGCGGCAGUGAGGCAAGUGGCGAGCAUGCUGGAGGGCGAGGAAGCAGCCCGCAACCUUUAAAGAGCGCUCACCUCAUCCGCGGCGAGAUGUCCGCCUCCAACAAGAACAAGAAGGACAAAGAGAUCCUCGCCGACUACGAGAGCCAAGUCAAAGAUGUACGCGCCCAGCUGGUGGAGCAGCAGCGCUGUCUGGAGCAGCAGACGGAGAUGCGCGUCCAGCUCCUCCAGGACCUGCAGGACUUCUUCAGGAAGAAGUCCGAAAUCGAGACGGAAUACUCCAGAAACCUGGAGAAGCUGGCUGAGCGGUUCAUGGCCAAGACCCGCAGCACCAAAGACCACCAGCAGUACAAAAAGGACCAGAACCUUCUGUCACCCGUCAACUGCUGGUACCUGCUGCUCAACCAGGUGAGGAGGGAGAGCAAGGACCACGCCACCCUCAGCGACCUCUACUUGAACAACGUCAUCAGUCGCCUCACGCACAUCAGCGAGGACUCGGCCCGCCUCCUCAAGAGGAGCAAGGAGAUCAUCUUCCAGCUUCAGGAGGAUCUCAUGAAGCUCCUCAAUGAGCUCUACACGGUGAUGAAGACCUACCACAUGUACCACGUGGAAACCAUCAGUGCGGAAAGCAAGCUGCGGGAAGCAGAGCGUCAGGAAGGGCGGGUGAAGGGCGGGUCUGGCACAGGGGUGGCAGUGGAUCCUGUGUUUGGCCUGCGCAUCGAGGAACGCCACCAGAGACGCAACGCCGCCCGCAAGAUGGAGAAGAUGCGAGAGAAGAGAAAAGCCAAGUAUUCCGAGAACAAACUGAAGACGCUCAAAGCAAGGAACGAGUACCUGCUGACCCUAGAGGCCACCAACGCGUCCGUGUUCAAGUACUACAUCCACGACCUGCCUGACAUCAUUGACUGCUGUGACCUAGGGUACCACUCCAGUCUGAGCCGGGCUCUGAGGACCUACCUGUCAGCAGAACUGAGCCUGGAGGCCUCCAGGAGGGCUGGUCUGGAAGUGCUUGAGGGCGCUGUGGAGGGUCUUGAUCCCGCUCGAGACCGCCAGCGUCUUCUGGGUCUCUAUCCAACCGCCUUCUGCCCGCCGUCACGCUUCAACUUCCAGGCCCACAUGGGUGACGCGGUGACGCAGAUCGCCUCUCAGCCACAAGUCCAGGCGGAGCUUACCCUCCGCCUCACGCAGUUGCAGACCCGCCUGGCAUCACUAAAAAUAGAGAAUGAAGAGGUGAAGAAAACCUGGGGGGCCACGCUGACCACCCUGCAGGACAUGACAGUCCUGGACGACUACGAUGUCUCCCAGAGUUUCACCCACAGUCCGUCGUCCGAGUCAGUAAAAUCCAGUGUGUCGGACAGUUACCUGAACAAACCCAGUCUGGCCAAGAGACGAGCCAACCAACAUGAGACAGAACUCUUCUACUUCACUAAAUUCCGUGAGUACCUGGAGGGGAGUAACCUAAUCUCCAAGCUCCAAGCAAAACAUGACAUCUUGAAGAAAGCCUUAGCAGAAGGCUACAAAGCAGAGCUGCUCACCACGAGUCGCGGGCGGAAGAACUCGCACAGCAAGCACCAGGAUUCAACCAAAGCCAUACCUCUGCUGGUGGAGAGCUGUGUCCGCUACAUCAACCUGCAUGGUCUUCAGCAUCAAGGCAUUUUCCGGGUGUCCGGCUCUCAGGUAGAGGUCAAUGACAUCAAGAACUCCUUUGAGAGAGGUAACGACCCACUGAUUGACGAGGAAAGUAACCACGACAUCAACUCGGUGGCUGGCGUCUUGAAGCUUUACUUCCGAGGUCUGGAAAACCCACUUUUCCCGAGCGACAGGUUCAACGACCUCAUCGCCUGUGUCCGCAUGGACAACCUCUAUGAGAGAGCCCAGUGCAUCCAGAAGAUCCUGCUGGGCGUCCCAAGGGCCACACUAGUAGUGAUGCGCUACCUCUUUGCCUUCCUCAACCACUUGUCCAAGUACAGCGACGAGAACAUGAUGGACGCUGGGAACUUGGCCAUCGUGUUCGGCCCCACCCUCCUGCCCACACCCGACGCCCUGGACCAGGUGGCCUGUCAGGCCCACGUCAACGAGGUGGUCAAGACCGUCAUCCUGCAUCACGACAGCAUCUUUCCAGACACCAAGGAGCUGCCGGGCCCGGUUUACGAGACCUGCAUGACGGGCGAGCAGUACUGCGAGAGUCCAUUCAGUGAGCCGGGGGCGCUGGAGGAGACCGAGCCGGAUGCCGGCACUGAGACCCAGACCAGCGACGAGGAGGGCGAGGCAGUGGAGGCGGUGGCGAGGUUCGACUACGUCGGUCGCUCGGGUCGCGAGCUGUCAUUCAUGAAGGGGGCGUCGCUGCAGCUCUACCGGCGGGCGUCACAUGACUGGUGGGAAGGGCGCCACAAUGGCAGCCGCGGUCUGGUGCCGCAUCAGUACAUCGUGGUCAAGGACAGGGGCGACACCAUGUCAGACACGCUCAGUCAAAAAGCGGACAGCGAUGGCGGAAGCAGCAGCACGGACGACAAGAGGUCCACCCGAGACCUGUGCUCGCCCACCGACAUUCGACCGCCAGAGUUGUAUAACAGCCACAGGAGGAAGCGAACAGACGGCUUGUUCCGCCGUCCCCUGGGACGCUCCAACGACUGCCAUGGCAACGGGGCGACCAUGGAGAGAAGCUCGCCACCAGUGACGGGUCAUUUCAGUCCCAGGGAGCUGCUACUAGGGCGCAGCCAGGGUUUGACUCCGCCCCUCGACAGCCCCGAGCGCCGACGCCGCUCAGCCGCCGUCACCGUGACGGUGAGCCGCCACGACUCGCUGCGGAGGCCGGAGGACACGCCCAUACGGCGGUCCAGCAGCGGCCAGCACGGCUUUGCUGACUCCUAUCGAACACGAGCGCUGGACCCCAGCACGCUGGCUCAGGACAUCGAGGAGAAGGUGACGGUGGCCUUGGGGGACUUUCGGCACAUGGAGCGACAGGGGUGCAGGCCGGCGCCGGACGUGGUUCUGGACACAUUGGAGCAGGUGAAGAACGGCCCCGCCGCCCCAUGCUCCUCAGAGUCCCCGAGCCCUCAUAGCACCCCCAGCACGCCGGGGACACCGGGGACCCCCGGCACUCCUGGGACGCCUGGCACCCCGAGCCCCCUCACUCCUCUAAGUCCCAUCAGCCCGCUCCCGGGACCUCCGGUUGGACCGCCCAGACCGUCCAACCCUUCCCCCGACACCUUGGGAUCCUUCAAGCCUGUGGCAGCUGCUCGCAUGGGGCUCCCGUUGAGGCCUCCGGCCCUAAGGCCCAAACCCGCAGUCCCGCCCAAGAGCAGCACCCCGCCUCUGCCCCCGCCACUCGACAAAUCCUGCACCAUGUGAGCCAACCCAGGCCGACUCAAAAGUCCCAAUCAGGCCAAAAGUGGUCCAGUAGAGGAGAUCAGGGUACUGCUAAAUGUUUGAGGGUAGACUUUAGGACAAGUGAGGGUUUAAAUAUGGUCCUAUCCAAUAUAUGAUAAUAAUAAUAAUAAUAAGUGUGUUGUCAGGUUGCUGUGUUCUCUUCUUCUUCUUGUACAGAAGCAUUUAGCAAAGUGACUGACGUGUGAAAAGAGACCUAACAAGUUUAGUUUAGUCAUGUGAAUGUUGGACGGUCGCCCUGGCAACCACCGGGACCUGGGCCAUGAUGCUACACUCUUAUUUAUUUUCUACUCAGUUCAGCUGCUAAACUCACUGGCGCCCCCAAGCGGGGUGUUCAGGGACUCCUGCGUCCAGCUAAUGAUUGAAUGUUUUAACGACUGUUCAUCUAUUGAAUGUGAGCCCAGCCAACAUGGCCGCUCAACACACUUAAAGAGCCUUUUUUUUUUUCAACAGUCAGGGGAGGGGCUUCAUACAGGGUGCCACGCUUAGAGGGAACUUUUGGGGGCGUGUGUGUGUGUGUGUGUGUACUGCCUGGCCUUGUACGUGCAGAGCUACUAUAAUAGUGAUAGACGAUAGAUUAUUAUUGCCUGCCUUGAGUGCCAGAACACGCAAGUGCAAGUUGGAAAAGCAUGCCAUUUUGUGUGUGUGUGUGUUAACAAAGUUUACCUGCUCGCUACACUAAACUCACAAGCUAACCUUAAACUCCCGGGGAGUGAACAGGGUGGGGCUCCGUGGUAAACAAACCCCCCAACAACACUUGAACAGCACAGUGAAUGUGAUCGCUGUGCACGUGCUCAAUACAAAUGUGUGCACGUGCACGCGUGUGUGCGCGUGUGUGUGUAUGAAUGUGAAAGUGCCUUUUUUUUAAUGCUUUUUUUGGGAGGGGGGGG